CAACAUUGUAAAUUAUCGAAGUGACAAUUGUUCGUAAGUAGGAAAUUCUAGAAAUAUUUCAAAAUACAUAGAAGUUUUACGUCAGUUACGCUCGCUAACUAAAUUUGUUUCAUCGAAAAACAGCUAAAUCGUGUGUAAAUUUAUUUUUGGCACAAGCGAAUUCAAUUUUAACAAUCGACUGAUAAUUUCAUCACACCAAGAAAAUGUUAAUGCGACUUGCAUUGUCGAAGGCUCCAUUGAGCUGCCAAUUGCUGGCCAAAUCCUCGAAACUUAACCCAAGUCUAUUUCGCAACUAUGCCCGUGGUCCAGUGCGCCCCCCACGCAAUCCCGUAAUUGUGGAGCGGGCUCCAGUACGCAGUCAACCCACGCUCAAAGAGAAGCUAAUGGGCCCACCAAGUGAGAAUGCUUUUUCAUUGGGCAAGGGAGCAGCUGCCGGAGCCGCUGCCGUCGGCCUAGGCGCCCUUUGCUAUUACGGCAUCGGCAUGGGCAAGCACACAAGCAUUGCGGACAACGCCAUAAUGUGGCCGCAAUAUGUGAAGGAGCGCAUACAAUCGACAUACGCCUUCUUUGGGGGCUCCUGCUUGUUGACUGCCGCCUCUGCUGCUGCCGUCUUCCGCUCGCCUCGUCUGCUCUCACUGGCCUCGCGCGGUGGCUUUGUGGUGCGUUCCCGUCGAUGCUAUAAUACAACCGUUUGGAAAAGAAGCAAAACUAAAGGCACAACGGCAGCCGCGACAGCAGCAGCAGCAGCAGCCGCUGAAACGAAAAUAGCGCAAAAGGGAAAAGUUGAAGACAAAGUGGAGACCGACGAUAGCUUGAGUCUUGAAAUGGAGCGGCGUUAUCUGAAGAAUCCAUUUGCUGAUUUCGCGGGCGGUGAAAAUACGCCCUUUGCCACCGAUGAGGAGCACAUAAAGACAUUGAUAUGCACCUAUGUGGAUGCCAUAUUAGAGCAUUGUCAUCCCAAUAGCGACGAAGAGGACAAUCGCGGCGACUUGUAUGUGGGCAAUGCUGGCAUUGCCUACAUGUUCUGGAAGCUGAAUAGCAAUGAGCAGACCCGUGAUCUCUAUCCGGCCUUGGAGCAUGCAGCUGCCUUCAUACGCAAUGCGAAAGUGAAUGCCCAACGCUACAAGAAGAGAUCGGCCGAGCGAUAUUCCUUUCUCUGUGGCAACGCCGGUAUCUAUGCCGUCUCGGCUGCCAUAUCCCAGGAGACUAAGAAUACCGAGGAACUAUCCAUGGACUUGGCCAACUUUAAGUCGGGCAUCCCAUCGAGCAAGGAGUUCAUGCAUACAAAAUAUGGUUGUGACGAAAUGCUAGUUGGACGCGCUGGCUAUCUAUCUGGCUGCUACUGGCUCAACGACGUGCUGCCAGAGAAGAAAAUUACAGAUGAUGACCUCAUCUCCAUUUGCCAACUGAUCAUCCACAGCGGACGGGAGUAUAGCAAACUGAAUAACUCUCCGUUACCAUUGAUGUACCAAUACCAUGGCACAGAGUAUCUGGGCGCUGCUCAUGGCCUUUGCUCUAUUUUGCACAUGCUCUUGGACAGUCCCUGGUUUCGUACGGUUCCCAUAUCGGCGCCCGCCGCUGAGCUGCGGGACAUCAAGCGCUCGAUUGACUUCCUCCUGGAACUGCAGGAUGGUGAAGGCAACUUCCCAGUUGCUAUGGAGGACUUGCGUUCGGGCCGCGAUAAGCGUCUUGUGCAUUGGUGUCAUGGUGCACCCGGCGCUGUCUACGUGAUAGCCAAAGCCUAUCUAAUCUUCAAAGAGGACAAAUAUAUUAUAUCACUGCGUCGCGCCGCGGAUUUGGUAUGGAAGAAGGGAUUUUUGCGCAAGGGACCGGGCAUUUGCCAUGGCGUAGCCGGCAAUGGCUACGUCUUCCUUCUCCUCUUCCGCUUGACCAACGAAAUGAAGUACCUGUACCGUGCUCACAAAUUCAUGGAACUCUUAACUAAUGCGGAAUUCAAGCAACGUGCGCGCGUUCCUGAUCGACCGCACAGCCUUUACGAGGGAGUCGCUGGCACAGUGUGCUUCCUUGUUGAUCUACUGGAGCCGGAGCAAGCUUAUUUCCCCUUUAUGGAUGUCUUUCAUUAGAUAGUCCCGACCACAUCCCAUCCCUCGCUCCAACCCCAUUCUAGUCAUUUUAUUUCUUUAAAUUCAGCGCCUAUUUAGUAGAUACUGCAGCUAGUGAGGACUAUUCUUUUUAAUUAGGAUUUAUCGAUAUCAGUAAAAUUUUUAGGCGUCAUUGUAUACUUUCACUCUUCAA